AUGGAAUUUGAAUAAUUUCUUCUCAGGGUCCUAUCUUAACUUUAAUUUAGAAGGAGACUAAUCAUUCUUUAGUUUAAAGAAGCCUAUACAAUAAUAAUAUCCACCUAAGUUAUUGCUCGAAGGUGAUUAUCUUUUUAAUAAUAAUAGGAAUAACAAAGGUUUGGCAAUCAAAGCAAGAUCAGAAUUAAGUUCAAAAGUAUGGGUAAAUCAAUUUGCUUUUAUAGAAAAAACCAAUAACAAAAUAUCGGUAUACUAUUCAGAAAGGUAUUAUUUGAUAAUAAUUAAAUUGAAGCAUUUAAGGAGAUUUCCGAUCUCCAAAUUUUAACUAGAAAAUACCUAUAAUAUAAGACUUUGAUCUUCAAUGUUUUAGUUUAGAAUAUAUAGAUAAAGUUACAUUCCUAUUAGAUUGUUAUAAUUAUUAUUAGCCAAUAUAAAAUCAAUUCUUUAUUGCUAAUAAAUCUUCAAAUGUGAUUCAGAUGUCUAAUUAAAAUAGAGAUAAUAAAACAAUGAUCACAAAAAGAAUCACUUAAUAUAUAGAAUUUUUGGAUUCAAACAUGAUUAAUCAUAAACUUCUUUUUAGAGCAGUGCCAGCUAUUCAAAUGGUUAAAAUCUAAGCAAUAAUUCAUUUUUAGAAAUAUUUUGUAUAUCUGCUACUUACAAUAUUACUUUAUUUAAAGUUAUAUCAUCACAAGAUAUUGGAAUUCUAAUUAAUCAUCCAGAUCCUUCAUAAUAUUAAUUUAGUUUAAUAAGCAUAUAGGUUUUUGCUAAUGGGAAUAUAUAUAUUCUAACUGGAAAUGAUGGAUUAAUCAUUUUAUAGUUACUAUUGAAUUUAGAAUUGGAAUUCAUUGAUAGAAUUCAUUUAUCAUCUGAUGUUAAUAUGUUGAUGUUGGAAAAUAUAUUUAAAAGGAUGGAUCAAUUAAAGAAAUGAUUGGAGUAAUUUACAAUUAAAGAGUAGAAUUAUAUGAGAAUAGAUGUUAUUCAAGCUUAUAUUAAUUAGAUUUUAUUUCUACUUAUUCAACUUUAAUUUAAAUAUCACAAGAACUUCUAAUUAUAUAGAACAAAGGUUAAACAUAUCUGAUUAAUAUCUUUACAUAAGAUUUAAUACACAAAGAAGUUUUAGAGGGAAUAUAAGGAAUAUUAAUUAAUAAGUAUAUUUAAGAGCUUAUCACUAUUACAUAAAUUGAUAGUUGAAGAUAUAUAUUGUCUAAUUGGAAAUUAAGAUUUUAAUCAGGGAAUUAAAUAUUUUAAUAAAGAUCAUUCCUAAAAAUUAGAGCUUUGGAUAAAUUUAAUAAUUAUUGUUAAUCAACUAUUAUAUUCAGAGUAUUCAAUUCUUCAGAUUCUUAAUUAUAUGCUCUUUAAGAAUUGGAAUUGCCUGAUGUAUAUUUUGAUUAUCCUUAAUUUACAUCAUUUAAUACUCCAGUAUCUGGGCCUGAUAUAAGAUUCAAUACAAAUGUAUCUAAUUUAAAUGAAUUUACAUUAGAAAACACAAUUACAGUUAGAAUAAAAACAGGUGGAAUUUUAAAUGUUUAAUCAUUUCAUUAUGAUAUUCCAUAAGCUAAAUAAAUAAAUUUUACAAAAAUCAUUAGUUUAAAUAAUGAUGAUUCUAAAUUUGUUAUUAUAAUGUAAGAGUCAAUAACUAAAGAUAUUAUUGUAUAUAUUUGUACAACAACAUCAUCCUAUCAUAACAUAGAAGUUGAAUCACUAUGUAUAAAUUACCAAAAGCUAUCUAUUAAAGUAUAUAUAAAUAAUUACAACUUUUAAUGUUUCUUUUAAGAAGAUGUACUAUUCGUAAUUAUUGUUAAAAUACAAAGACAAUUAAUAUGUAUUCCAUUUCACAAUCAAGUACUGAUUUUCAAAGAUCUUUUUUAUAUGAUUCCUAAUCUAUUUUGAAUAUCGAAUUCAUAAGUAUUAUAUCAAAUAAUCUCUAUGUCAUACUAGGGGAUCAAUAAAUUGAUAUUUGGAAUAUUUACACUAAACAAUAGUACAGUAUCACUUAUAAUUUAAUUUAAAAUUUAGGAUUUAGUGGAAAUUGGAAAAUACGUAAAGUCAUAGGUAAUUCCAUAUAUCAUCCAUCUUUAUUUUUUAUAAUUAAUAAUGAUAAUAUAAUCAUUGCUGAUUUCCAUAAGGAAAUAACAAUUAUCAAAUGUCUUACUUAUUAAGAUGCUGUAAUUGAUAUUUCAGUAGGAUAUGAUUCAUUUUUUGUGAUUAUUAUUUCAACAAACAUAUAGAAGAUUAUUGAAUAUGACUUUACUAAUUAUUGUAAUAUAUUCUAAAUGAAAGAGUUAUCUACUUAUGGAUACUAAAUAUAAAUUCCAUUGGCAAUUUCAACUAGCAUAAAUUCUGGAUUAUUAUAUAUAAUAGCAAGUGAUCCAAUUAUUGGAGAAUCUAAAGUAAUUCUAAGUUUUAAACCUCGUUCUCCCUUACGUGACUCUUUAAUUAGAAUCAUUAAACCAAAACGUGAUUUAAAUUAAAUCAAAGAUACAAUGAUUUCAUCAACAGGAUACAAUAAUUAUAUUAUUUA